AUGGGCACCAUCUCUUUUUUUGCUUUCCUUUUGCUAUCAACUUUCUUGCUUCAUUCGUGCUUCUACAAUGGGGUGGAUGCCGGGUCGAGGAGAAAAGCAUUGGAAACACCGUCGGAAGCACCGUCUGCUGGUGGGAUUAGCCCUCGGGUUUUGAAAUUCUACCCGAUAGUUCAAGAUUUCAAAAAAAGAGUCGCGAAUGACCCAAAAGGCAUUUUGAAAACAUGGGAUCCCAAUGACAAAAACAAAGGGGAGGGUCUCACUCUCGAUGGGUUCAUUGAAAAGUUAACUGACAUAACCACUUUCCCUGCCAACUCUAACGGCUUCACCGGUGGCAUCCCAAAGGAGAUCUCCGCCAUUCCCUACUUCUUUGUGCUAGACCUCAGCAACAAGAAGUUAUCCGGCCAGUUCCCACAGGAAAUUCUUGGCGCCAAAAAACUCACCUACUUGGACCUUUGGUUUAACUCUUUGUCCGGCGCCGUUCCACUUGAAUUGUUCACGCUAGAUGUGGACACAAUUUUCCUCAACGGCAACAAUUUUGACGAAAACAUCCCCAAUAACAUCGGGUGCUUGCCGCCUGAGAUUGGGUCAUUGGCAAACGCGACUGUUUUAGAAGUGAGCGGAAAUUCCUUGACGGGUCCCGAAUCAUUUCAGUGCUUGGCUGAUUUAGAAAAGCUUAAUCUGGCUAAGAACCAGCUCUAUGGGUCGGUCCCGGAUACUAUCUGCAAGAUCACUAAGCUAGCUCAACUCGAUUUAUCAGACAACUAUUUCAGCGAGAUUUGCCCUGAAUGCACAAAGUUGAUAGCCAAAAAAGUUGUUGAUCCAAAACUGAAUUGUAUUAAUGGACUUCCAAAUCAGAGACCAAAAGUUGAAUGUGAUGCAUUUUUGUCUAAGCCAAAGUCCUGCCUUGCGCAGAACACCAUUCCUUGUAAGUAA